UUCAUUGACAGGAAAGCGCUUCCAACGCUUCUUUAAAAAUCAGCCAGGUUUAUCGCAAAGUGUCGAUAUUCGUUUUCAAAAGGUCUAUAGUCACACCGAAUCGGCAAGUCCUUUUGUUUGUGCUUUAUGUCAUUAUUGAUACGGGAGUGUCAGGCCGGUUUCAGUGUGCUCCCAUCUGGAACAAAAGGCACUCAUUGGUUUCCUGUGUUAUGAUGACGCUUAUUUUGCACACGGUCUGGUGGAGGAGCAUCUGGUGUUGUGUGCAGAAUCGUCGUUUUGAACGCGCUUAAUUUUGAGAGUGGUGCGCGUGUGGAGUCCCGGCUGAGAUAUGCUAAGGAUCUUUGUUGGUGUUCUGCUGAAGACAGAAAGUUAAACACAUCUGGGAUGGCAUGAGGGAUACCAGCAUGAUUGGCAGAUGGCCACGCCUCUGGCCAGUGAUUUCACUGGCACUGCUGUGGGCGUGUUCAGUGGAGGCAGGUUCAGACUGCAGGUCUGUCACCAUAGAGACAGGUAGUCGUUUAGCAGAACAGGUGCAACAGCACUAUCUACAGGCUCUGUUCAAUAAGUAUGGCCAAAAUGGUAGUAUCUCAUUAGAAGGCUUGCACAACCUUUUAAAGGGGGUGGGGCUGGACCACAUCCGGAAGGUGAUGGUGCAUCACCAUGGAAAUGCACAUAAUCAUACACUCUCACAUGCUCACUCGCAUGCACAUGUGGACAAACCUACCACACUUACACAUCAUGUUACCAGCAAGAAGGUUGACGUUGACCAUAACAUGGAAAAGAGUGACCCUGUCCCGAAAUUGCAUCCUGAUCCUGCUCCUGGGAAGAAGAGUAAAUCAGAUGCACAACACAAUCUUUACAUGAAGAUAAAUCCGGAAUUGACUACACCUUUGACCAUGGCGUCAUACAUCACCAAAUCACUCCGGACAAAUCAUAGCGCUGACUAUGAUUUAACGCAGGACCAAGCCUCAUUUAAGCCUAAUGCAACACACACUAACCACACCCACCAGUCUGAGUACACACCUACCCAUUUAUACGACGAUCAUGAUGAGCAUGAACACGGCCAUCCCAGUCUAGAGUGUCAAAAUGCCUCCACAAUCCUGCAGUCACAUGGCAUGACAAAGGGAACAGGUCUCUCUGUGAAGGACUUCAAUUAUCUGUGCCCUGCCCUUCUUAUGCAAAUUGAUUCCAAGUCUUGCCUCCUGCAGGAUGAUGAACAAUCAGAUCAUCCCCAUCAUCACAACCAUCAUCAUCAUCAUAACCAUCCACACAAUCACACCAAUGACAGUCCAAGGAUAUCCUCAAUUAAAUCUGCAUGGAUCGGAGGCUUUCUCGCCAUCACUUUGAUCAGUUUGCUGGCGUUGGUUGGUGUGGUGUUGAUUCCACUCAUGAACAGAGUUUGCUUCAAUUUCCUGCUAAGCUUUCUGGUGGCCCUUGCAGUGGGCACUCUCAGUGGAGAUGCUUUCCUCCACCUCAUACCACAUUCACAGGGCCAUCACCAGCACAGCCACUCAGAGCAUCAUAACCAUGGAGAAGAUGAGGAUUCCCUUCGACCUGUGUGGAUAGGGUUGACCGUGCUGAGCGGAGUCUACAUCAUGUUCCUUAUUGAGCACUUCCUGACACUCGGCAAAAUGUAUAAAGACAAAAAACAGAAGGUGCAGAAGAGAGUGGAUCUGGAGGUUUUGGAAUCUGAGAAAGUGCCAUCACUGGAGGAAAAUGACGUCAAAGCACUUGAAGUUGCCGAAACAAAUGGUGGCAGUGCAUCUGGGCGUGGUGUGGCAGAGGAAGAGGAAGUGAUGUUGGGGGCGGAGCUCUACACCGACCUGGACUGUGAGAACAAAUGCCACUCCCACUUCCAUGAUACCGUUGGCCAGUCAGAUGAGCAACAUCAUCAUCACCAUGACUACCAUCACAUACUGCAUCACCAUCACUCACAAAACCAUCACCCUCACACACAUUCGCAUAGACACACACAUUCCUACUCGUUACAACACUUUCAGCAGGCUGGUGUGGCCACACUCGCUUGGAUGGUCAUUAUGGGAGAUGGACUUCACAACUUCAGUGAUGGACUUGCCAUAGGCGCAGCAUUUACAGAAGGGUUGUCCAGUGGUCUUAGUACCUCAGUCGCUGUAUUCUGCCAUGAGCUUCCUCAUGAGCUGGGUGAUUUUGCAGUCUUGCUGAAGGCCGGUAUGUCGGUACGACAGGCCAUUCUGUACAAUCUGCUGUCGGCCCUAAUGGGAUAUCUGGGCAUGAUCAUAGGUAUUCUGAUUGGUCAUUAUGCAGAGAAUGUUGCCAUGUGGAUCUUUGCUCUCACAGCUGGAUUAUUUAUGUACGUCGCCCUAGUUGACAUGGUACCUGAGAUGUUACACAAUGAUGCAAGUGAAGCAGGCUUCAGUCAUUAUGGCUUCUUCCUCCUGCAGAAUGCUGGGAUACUCCUGGGCUUCGGUAUCAUGCUCGUCAUCGCUGUUUUUGAACACAGGAUACAACUCGACAUUGGUUUCUGACCCAAGACUGUACAGUCAUGUUUUCAAGCAUAAGGACAUCGCUCCAUAUAAAUGCUGCUCUGUGAAAAGUAACCCUUAACUUCAGCCACCCAUCUGUUGACCUGCCCGUCCAUCUGUUGACAUGCCCGUGAUCUUGUGUAGUCUUAACAGGUGGCAGCAGCUCCGUAUUUACAAGCAAUUUUCAUCUUAUUUGUGGCUUGUUUGGGGAAAAACAGUAUUUAAAAGUAUUGACUGUUACAAUUUCAGUGUAAAAGAGAAACUUGUGGACAUUGUAGGUUUUUUUUAUGUAGAUUUUUUACUCAGUGUUUUUUGUUAAACAGUAUUGUACAUUAGUUUUUGAGGUGGUGAAUGUUCAUUUUGCACUUGCUGACCUACCAACAUUCCAGUAAAAGUGUCCCAUGAUAAACUUGUCUGAUUACUGGUGUCUUUGCAUUAGUUGCGCUGACAAAUCUCUGCUUGAUCCAGUCAAUGAGAAUAUUAGCAUGCAUGUUAUUGGGUUGGGAACAGGGUCCAAAAUUAACUUUUGCCGCCUCAAUUGAUAGUGGAUAAAAUUAGAAUUUACUGGUCAUUAAUAUGCCUUGCCAGCGAUGAAACUCCAUUUGUGUAAAUAUUACUACUACUGCUACUUUUUUGCUUUAUUUUUGACGUCUGACAUUCUGUUUGAUUUAAAACAAAUACUAUUUUUGUAUUUAUUAAACAGUUUAUUCCUUUCAUAUUUG